CAAUUCAAAAUGGAUGACCACCGUUGCUCUGCUCCUUGAAGCCAUAAAAAGGUCUGAGUGACCAACUUAAAUAUUCCAUACGGUAGUGAAGGCAAACUUGAAACAGAACCUGAAAGAGGAGAAAAUAGAAUAUCUUUAUCUCCUGUGUGAACUCCAUGCCGAUUCGAUAACAAUCUCCUUAACUGGCUUGAAACAGAAACUAAAUAGAUAUAAUAAAAGGGCAACUCUAGCCCCCAAAAGAAUCAAUUCUUUUGAAAAGUCAACACAAAAGAUAGAGAAAGCAUCUCUUCGAAGAGAAUCAUUUAAUUCUCAAAUAAGAAAGAAAUUUGAUAAAUGAAGGUUUUUAAUGAGAUCAAACACCAACUAUUUAAAAGACUCAAAAAUACCAUAUAUUAAUCCAGUUUCUUCAAAUGAAAACAAAAAAGGAGACAGAUUUAAGGCCAAAAGGAUAAACACAAAUAGAAAAGAGGAAUUUAUUAAGCAAAAGACAGACUUAUUUGAACCCGAACCAGCAGCAUCCGAAGUGACGUGUAACAAAGAGAACUCGAUGCAAAAUAAGCAGAUAAAAACUAAACUGAAAAAUUUCUUGAAGAUUCAAAUGCCUCUAAAAGAUGUAAAAAGAGAAUUCUAAGCCAGUUUUCCCUCUUGUCAUAAUAAAUUAAUCUUCA